AUGUCGUCCCAUGGCGGACAGCAGAACUUUCCAUUCGGCUACCAACCGGAAAACAUCCACGGACUUGGAUUACCCGAGUUCAUCAAUCCAGGUCCUCCCCCGGGCCAGCCUCUACUCAACGCGCAUGAGAACCAAGACCUGGACAACUUCUUCCACGACUUCGACCAAAAUGCCGCCGCCAAUAAACACAUGGCUCAGUCUCAAUUCAAUAUGGUCGCUGGGACUGGCCAAUACUAUGCUAUGCCACCGAUGUUCGUUGGCUCUGAUACUGGCAUGGGCAACCGAUAUGUCAUGGAUCCGGUUCAGCUCCAGGGAGCUGGACUGUCCUAUGGUCCUGGAAUGGUGGGACAACAUAUGAACACUGUCAAGCACCCGAAUACAGUUGCUGGCGGCAUGCCAGGAGUGGGCUACAAUGACACAGCCUAUGCCGACCCUCUCAUCACCCAACUACAGACCGCUGCCUCGAUGCAGCCGGCUUUUGGUCCUGCCUGGCAACAUUCGUACCCCUCCCAAAACAGCAUUGCAAUGCCGCAGCUGCAAGGUCGACAAGCCGUGAGUUUCGGCACCGACUCUCGUUUUCAGCCUACCGGGUACGCCGCUCCCAACAAUCCUCUAGACCCUGAUAUUCCCCAGGCGAUGCAGACACAUCCUAUGGACUGGUUCGAGCCCACCAGUGCAAGCACCACACAGCCCAACACACGGCCGAACACACAACCUUCAAGUCCAAAUUGGUCCAAGAAGAGAACAUUUGAGGAUUUCCAAGGAGAUCAGAACGUGCGGAAUGGCUUUGUUCAAAGCAGCAACAUCCAACAAGCCGCACUUGUCCAGCCCUCUCCGCCACAGCCCAAACCGAGAAGGAAACGGAGUUCUGUUGUCAAGAAGGAGCAAGCAUCGGCACCACCACAGCCACCGACAGCUAUCACGAGCAACAAAACCCCGGCACCGCUCCAUACCGAGGUCCGGACCAUGGGGAAACAUGGACUAGGUCAAGAACAAAACGCCGAGGCAGAAGAAGAAGAGGAGGAGGAGGAGGAUGACGACGAUGAAGGAGAAGAAGAACAAGAAGACGAUGCCACCACAGAGGCGGCCAAAUCUCCGUCACCUGCGCCCUGGCCUGCCAACAAAGCCCGCCCACAACGCAACGCCAACCCUCCUCCUCCGAAAGGAUCUCGCAGGAAAAAGACCAGUGCGACGCCGUCGACGCCCGGCAAAGGCAAAUCAAAAGGGCAGCGGGCGUCCAGCGGGUCGCAGGUGACCCCUUCCAGCAGAGUCCCUCUCACGCUGGAGCAGAAGAAGGCCAAUCACACGAGUUCGGAACAACGUCGUCGGGACGCCACCGCGCGUGCAUAUGCCGAACUGUAUGACCUGGUCCCCGAACUGGAGGCCGGCGGCAAGCAGAGUACGAUGAAGAAGCUUGAAGUCGUCGUGGCCAAGGUCUCGCGAGUCAAGCAGCGAGUGGAAGAGCUGAGGGCGAGGAUGGGCCUCGAUCCCGUCUCUGGCAGACCGAUCGGGCCCAGUGGGACUGCUUCGCUGCUUCAUAGUGACGUCCAAGGCUGGCGAUAA